AUUCAAUCGAAGUAACGUGGUUCACAGGUCAAAGGUAAAAUUUGACGCUGUCCGGCUACGCUUGGAGCACGUUAGCCAACAAUGGCCAAGCAUCAUCCAGAUUUGAUCUUCUGUAGAAAACAAGCCGGAGUUGCCAUAGGAAGACUUUGUGAGAAAUGUGAUGGGAAGUGUGUCAUCUGUGAUUCCUAUGUGAGGCCUUGUACACUGGUACGCAUCUGUGACGAGUGCAACUACGGCUCCUACCAGGGACGCUGCGUCAUCUGCGGAGGGCCCGGAGUGUCUGAUGCCUACUACUGUAAAGAGUGUACAAUUCAGGAGAAAGAUCGAGAUGGCUGUCCUAAGAUUGUGAAUUUGGGCAGCUCUAAAACGGAUCUGUUUUAUGAAAGGAAGAAGUACGGCUUCAAGAAGAGGUGAAGAUGCUGUGACUGGUUUUCAUUUUUAGCCGUUCAGUUGUGCAAGGUUUUCUUUCAAACUUCCAGAGUCCAUUUUUUGUGAAAUUGAUUUGUAAUUUCAAUAAAAGAUCUUUUAUA